AUGAUAAUAAGAUCCUACUGUCGUCGCGCUGUCGUCUCGUCGGUCGCCCUCCUCUUACUACUCGCCUCCUCUCCGCAGCCUACGCAAGCAAAGAAAGACGGCCCAACCAUCUCCUCCACAACAUUCGAUAAUCCUCUAGAAAACGUCUUCUAUUUCGACGAUUCAGAUGUUGUAAUUGGAUAUGAUGGAGAGACCGGUAUCGUCUGGCGCAGUGCCGAUGCGGGCGAGACCUGGAAGGAAAUCAACGACCAAGGACAGUCAGGAAAUGCCUUGGAUGUAUAUCGACAUCCCUAUGACAAUCAGCGCGCAUAUAUCAUUGGCCUAGACUCCGAUCAUUGGGUGACAACAGAUGCGGGUGAAACAUGGAGGAAGUUCUCUUCCGAUGGUGAUGGUCUUGCCAGAUUCCGCAACGCCCCAUUGAGCUUCCAUGGCCGGGACCCCAAACGAGUAAUAUGGAACGCCGAGCACUGUGUCGGCCUGGCCUGCAUCGAGCGGGCGUUUUAUACUGACGAUGACUUCAAGACAACAAACAGACUAGGUGAUAUGACGCGAGGAUGCCAGUGGGCUGUCAGCACCCCCGACUUUGGAGAAGAGAUUGCUCCUGAAAUAAGAGAUCGGAUAUUCUGCAUCGUGGAAGGGCUAUACUCCCCUUGGCCCAAGGACAAUCGACUGCUCGUGUCCGACGACUUUUUCGAUCGGGAUCAGGUCGAGCCUGCACUUGAUGAUGGCCGGGCCGUGACUGGGAUCAUUAGCAUGGCUGCGGUCAAAGGAUUCUUGGUUGCAGCCGCAAAGUCUGAGGGCACAGAUGAGUUGGCGUUGUAUGUGACAAAAGACGCAUCACAAUGGCACCGAGCAGAGUUCGGACAGCAUCGGAUCGAUGAAGAUGCCUAUACCAUCCUGGAAAGCACCAAUUACAGCUUACAGGUUGACGUACUCGGAUCACGGCCUACCAAUCCUAUGGGUUACCUCUUCACGUCGAACUCGAACGGCACUUAUUUCACGCGCAACAUUGACCAUACCAAUCGCAACAUCUUUGGCAACGUCGACUUUGAGAAAGUCCAGGCGAUCCAGGGGAUCGUCUUGGUGAAUGUUGUCGACAAUUGGAAGGAUGUCGAGGGCUCGACUAUUCCUAGAAAAGAGGUUAUAUCUCAGAUCAGUUUCGAUGAUGGAAGAACGUUUCAGGAUCUCAAAGUCGGGGACAAGAGGCUGCAUCUCCAUUCGGUGACCGACGCAAGGCAAACAGGAAGGAUCUUCUCCAGUCCGGCCCCCGGCAUUGUCAUGGGAAUUGGCAAUACUGGAAAGUUCUUGAAGGAUUACGAAGACGGCGAUCUGUAUGUCUCGGACAAUGCCGGUGUCACAUGGUAUGAGGGCCUUGAUGGUGCUUAUUUGUACGAGUUUGGCAAUCAGGGAGCAGUUAUUGUCGCUGUUGACGAUGAGGAUUCCACCGGUCACAUAAGAUAUUCGAUCGACCAUGGAAAGACCUGGAAGAAGGCAGAUCUUGGAGAGAAAGUCCGAGCGAGGUUCCUCACCACCGUUCCAGACUCGACUACCCUCAAGUUCCUCAUGAUGGGUGCCAAAGGGACAGGUUCCAAGACCGAGUGGGUUAUGUUCAAAAUCGACUUUGAGGGUCUGCAUGAACGAGCUUGCGGCAAGGACGACUUCGAGCGUUGGCCCGCUCGCGUCGACAAGGACGGCAAACCGAGCUGUCUCAUGGGACACAAGCAAUUCUACAGGAGACGCAAGGCUGAUGCUGACUGCUUCAUCGAUGAGGAAUUCAAAGACCCUGUACCGGAGUUCGAACCGUGCGUCUGCACGAUGGCUGACUUUGAGUGUGACUACAACUUUGUCAGAGACCCCGACGAUCGCACUAAAUGCAAUCCUGCACAGCCGAUUGCUGUCCCAGAGGGCGCAUGUAAGAAUGAGAAAGACACCUUCAAGGGCCCGUCCGGAUGGCGAAUGAUUCCGGGCAAUGAAUGUCUGCGCAAGGGUGGUGAAGAACUCGACAAGGAGAUCGAAAGGCCAUGUUCGGACUCGGUGAAGACGCCUGCUUCGGGCCGGAUCACUGUUGAGAAGACCAACUUCAACGCUGAUCGCUUCUCCGAAUGGUACUAUCUUGGAGGAAGUGGUACUUCUAAGGGAAAUGACGAGACCAUCGUCAUGCGCACGAGCGAGCAAGAUAUCUUCUUAUCACGGGAUCAUGGCAAAACUUGGGAACGAAUUCUCAAGGGAGAGCCGAUCACCGCCAUUGCGCCUAACCCUCACCAUCACGAUUCAGUCUUUUUCCUGACAGGCUCAAAAACCGUCCACUACACCAUUGAUCGAGGGGAUAGGUUCGAUAAGUUCACGGCUCCAGAACGACCGAGCACCCUACGGCUACCAACUUUGCGAUUCCACUCCGAAUACAAGGACUGGCUACUCUGGUCUGGUUCCGUUGGAAACGACGACCACACAAACAUUUGGCUGUCCAGAGACCGUGGCGACCAUUGGGACACACUGGUUCGUUAUGCAAGAAAAUGCGAAUUUAUCACACGAGAAAGUCAAGGCCGUGGUAACCAGUUGAUAUACUGUGAACAGUAUCAAGACGAAAAUCCAGACAAGAACCUCAUGCUCUUAUCCAGCGACAACUUUUUUGCCGAGUCGAAAGUGCAUUUCCCGGACAUUUUAGACUUUGCGACCAUGUCAGAGUUCAUCAUCGUUGCGGCAAAGACUGAAGACAGGCAGAGCUUGAAGGUGGAUGCGAGUGUGGAUGGACGAACGUUUGCGCCUGCAGAAUUUCCUCGAAACUUUCAAGUGAAGCAUCAACAAGCCUACACGGUUUUGGACAGCUCUACUCACGCUGUGUUCCUUCAUGUCACCGUAAACGCUGUUCAAGAUCACGAGUACGGUGCGAUCAUUAAGUCGAACAGCAACGGAACAUCGUAUGUCUUCACUCUGGGCGGUGUGAAUCGGGACACCGAAGGCUAUGUCGAUUUCGAGAAAAUGCAGGGUCUCGAAGGAGUUGCCAUGGUCAACGUCGUGUCUAAUAUCGACGAGACGAACAACGGGGAGAGGAAGAAGCUCAAGUCGAUGAUUACCCACAACGACGGUGCACAAUGGGCGUAUUUCCCACCACCGAAGGAGGAUGCCUUGGGAAAUAACUACCCUUGUGUGGAAGAGGCGAACAAGGCGACCGAAAAAUGCUCCCUGCACAUUCACAGCUAUACCGAACGGGCCGAUAAGUCAGCCACAUUCUCCAGCCCUAGCGCGGUUGGAUUAAUGAUGGCCGUGGGGAACGUUGGUGAAUACCUCGCCCGGAAAGACGAUGAAGCCACAGACACCUUCAUUACUCGCGACGCUGGUAUCACUUGGCAAUCCGUCAAGAAGGGCAGCUACAUGUGGGAAUACGGCGACCAAGGCAGCAUCAUCGUGAUUGUCAAGGAGUCCCAACCCACCAAAUCUCUCUUCUACACCCUUGACGAAGGCAAGACUUGGCGAGAGUUCGUGUUCUCCCCGGAUGUGGAAAUGCAGAUCGACGCCAUUACCACCGUACCAUCGGACAACUCUCGCAACUUCCUUCUGUGGGGUCGUGAAUUGGGAACUACCGCCAAACGUGGCAUCUUCACUGUGCACCUGGACUUUUCCGGCCUCGAAGAACGCCAAAUCAAAUGCGAUCUCGACGAGAAGAACCCCGAGAAAGGUGACUACGCGCUCUGGGAACCAAAGCAUCCCAUGCAAGAUUCAAACUGCUUGUUCGGCCACGUAGCUCAAUAUCACCGCAAACGUGUUGACGCCAAAUGCUACAACGGCAAGGUCAUCAGUCACGUGCACAACAUUGCGAGAAACUGUUCUUGCACGCGCCAGGACUUUGAGUGUGAUUACAACUACCAGGCGCAAGCCGAUGGAACGUGUCAAUUGGUUCCGGGACUGCAGCCAGCCGAUCACGAACAGAACUGUCGAGAUAAUCCAAAUCAGCUCGAGUUCUGGUAUCCCACGGGUUAUAGGAGGAUACCACUGACGACGUGCCAGGGGGGGAGGGAAUUGGAUAAGCUGGAGUCGAGACCUUGUCCAGGCCAUGAAAAGGAAUAUAAGAAGAAGCACGGCAUUUCAGGCGUGGCAUUAUUCUUUGCGAUUGUGAUCCCUAUUACGGUCGCCCUCGGCAUUGGCUAUUGGGUGUAUACGCAAUGGAGGAGCGGAUUUGGCUCGUUUGGACAGAUUCGGCUGGGAGAAAGCAUGGGCGCCACCGGGACUUCUUCCGGAGCGAGCGGUGAUCCGUUGUGGAUCAAGAUCCCUGUGGCGGUGGUGAGUGGUGUGGUUGCGGUAGCGAAGGCAACGCCCUUACUCGUGAUGAGUUUAUGGAGGAGUGCAAAAGGAUAUAUGCCUCUUGGGAGUGGUGGUGCUUCAGGAGGGAGGUUUGGUGCGGGAAGAGGAACGGAUGCUGGGUAUGGAGCCCCCUAUCGCUCGAGAGAUGCGUUUGCAAGAAGAGGACAAGAUUAUUCCCAGGUUGUGGAGGAUGAUGAGUUGUUGGGGGAUGGAUUGGAUGAUGAGGAAGAGGUUUGA